AUGUUCUUCAUUGUCGUGUACAUACUGGUCUACCAGCUUAUCGGCAACUUAGGAUACCUCAAGUUUAAUGAUGCGCAGAACACGGUGCGGCUGACACUGCAAGAGCCAACUGCUGGGUGCAACCCGAAUGAUACAGGUUGCAAGGACAGCUUCGCACCGCUGAGCCACCUCCCAUACUGUUGUGCGCAGAACUCCAGCUGCAAGACCAAUGACGACGGCUCAUGCUCGCUUCUCGUUCAGACUGGAGCCUGA